AUGUCUGAAGACAACAACCAAAUCUCCCAGAACGGCGAGUCUGAUAACAAUGAGUCUGAGAACAGCUGGUCCGACGGUGACUACGAGCGUUACGAGCUCGAGGCGCUCGCUAGGAUUCCGACCAUGCCCCAGGAGGUACAAGACCUCAUCUGCUCAUUCUGUGACUCGUACUCUCACCUCGCGCUCUGCGCACUAAACAAAGAAUGGAAUGCCAGGAUCACACCUCUUCUCUGGGCGGAUCUAGAGUUCGCCGACGAGUUCGAGGAUGAAGACCUGGUCGAAAGAACGCGCAAGUUCUUCGCCGCGUGCGAUACAAUGAUUGACGAGUCGCCAGAGCGGUUCGCAGCUCUGGCCUCCUACGUCCGAACACUCAACCUGGGAAGACUGCACGGGGUUAACAUUGUGCAUCAGGAAUUCGACGGGAACCCCUACGUAUUUUUCGACGACGGUGAUGGGGGCAGGUGUGUAUUUGAUGUGAUUGCGCGGUUCAUCAACCUUCAAUCACUGUCUGUAUACGUAAAGAACUGGUGGGAGAUUCCCAAUCUCGCAGCAAGCGGCAGGGCACUCGCCCGUGGACUUACCAAAUUGACGUCUUUGAAGCUUGGAGGACAAAUGUCAACGGACGUCUUGCUGGGCCUAUUGAACAAGCCGGAACAGCUCAAAGACCUCACUCUGAUAAAUCUGAUCGAGGUCCCAGGUCAGGACUAUGGUCCUGACGGCAUUGCCUUUCUAUCGGGAAUUAGCCAUCGCUUCACUAGCCUCGAGACGUUGCAUCUGUGCAAACUUGCGGACCUGGACGGGCGGCUUGAGGACGAUGAGAACAACAGAGAGUUUGCCUCUGGAAUGCGAUGGAGGUUCCCCCGAGAGUCUGAAGUCUCUGUCCUGGAGGAUUGGGCCUCAUUACUUCGAAAUACAUCAACCACCCUCCAGUCGCUGACAUUGGAGAACCGCUACCUCUGCAGCUCAAGUUUCAACGACGAUCGCUGCCGUGGCUCUGUCAUCGACCCAGGAAACACGCAUCCCGCCGAGUAUGGAGCCUUUUCAAUCCGAGAAAGCCAACGGAUGCUCUUUCCGGAACUUGCGAACCGCCGGUGGCGGCGGCUGUCGAACUUGAAACUGAUUGGGAUGGGCACGGUCGAAGAUGUGAGCCAGGCAGUUUCUCAUCUCGAGCCACGAGUUCACGUCGAGCAGCGUCCGGCUCACAUUGAAACUAUGGGAGGGGAUGCCACCCCGGAGGAAAUAUCGACCCCUAUUGAGUUUACAUGGAGCUUGAGUCAUGAAAAUGUUACAUAUGAAUGA